AUGUCAGAUUGUACAUUUAAACCUAAAACUAAUUCAAAGAAAUUAUUAGGAUUUUCUCAUUCAAAUUCUAAUAGAUUUGAUUCAUUAUAUAAUAUGGCAUUCAUUCCAAAGAAAUUACCAAAUGAAAAAACAAGAGAAGAAAAGGAAAUGGAAGAAUGUACAUUUAAACCUAAUAGAUUAAAUACUAAAAAAUAUCAAUCUUCAAAUUUAUCCAAAUCAGUUGAUUUUGAUUCUAUAAGAGGAAUUAAAGAAACAGUUGGUAGAUUACGUAAAGGAAAUGAAGAAAGAGAACGUUUAUUUACUUAUUUUAAUUCAUUAAGAGAUAAAGUACAAACAUCAACAGAAGAUUACAAAAAUAAGAAAACUAGUUUUAAACCAUUUUCAUUUCAAUUAGAUAAACGAAAAAGAUCUAAACCUAUUUUAUAUAUGGAUGUUAAUUUAGGUGUUGGUAGAAGUGGUAGAAUUGGUAUACAUGAAGGUGAUAAACCAGAAGAAUUGGCUUUUAAUUUUGCACAAACUUACAAAAUUGAUCCAAUUUUACAACAACGUUUACAAGAUUUAAUUAGACAAAAUAUGGAAGAAAAUCAACAUUUAUUUAAUAAUAGAGAAAAUAAUGGUAUUGAUGGUAUUGAUGGUAUUGCUGAUGAUAAUAGUAAUCAUACUGGUGGUGAUGGUGGUGGUGAUAUGAUGAUGAAUAAUCAACAAUAUUAUGAACAAGUUGAAGAACAUGAAGAUGAUGAUGACAGAUUUAUUAAUGGUGGCACUAAUAACAAUGAUAAUCAAAUGACAAUGAUGGAUUUAGAAGAUGAAUCAAAUCAUGAUUUAAAAAUUGAAGAUUUAAACUCGGCUACAAAUCAAGAGUUAAUUGCCUUAUCAAAGAGUAAUGUUGCAAAUUUAUCAAUUUAUGAUGAAUCAUUAGAAAAUGUACAUACAAAUCAACAACAACCUUCAACUAGUAAUAAUAUUACUUCUACUUCUACUAAAAAUUCCACUACCAAUAAGGGUAUCAAUAAGAAUAAUUCCACUACGACUAGUGCUAAUCCAUCAAGUAAAUCAGUGGUCACAUCAACAACCUCUAAUCGUACUCAAUUACCAACUUAUAGAAGUAAAACACCAACAAUGAAGAAUAGUCCAACAACAACAUUGAAUGAAAAGAGAUCUAAGACACCUACUACAGACAGAUAUCAAUCAAAUAAUAAAUUUAAAUUGUAA